AUGUACAAAACACCCCCGCAAAAUAAGUCUGCAGCUUCGACGGAGGACUUUAAUAAGAGGACCGAAAAACCAGUACCCACGGGUGGGAAAGACAAAGGGUCAACAUCUUCGGUAAGGAAAAGCAUUGGUGAGCUGGAAUCACGUCUUGGCGCUGCACCAAAAAACAUUAAAAAAGCACAACAACACUGCCGACGAAGCAAAAUACAAAAACUCCUACUGCAAAUGGGGGUGAUGACAACCAAGUGGAUAGAGAAACGACCCAGUACUCAAAUAGAGCACAAGAAGCAAAAGCACACUUGGUAA